AUGGCUAUCGCCUGGCCUAGGCUGGAGCAACUGGUCUUGGGAUAUAACCUUAGCUAUGGGGGACAAGCGUAUUCCGAUCCAUACAUCUACAUUGAUGAUCUCUAUCCGUUUGCGCAACAUUGCUUGUCCCUACGCAGGCUCUCCAUCUCCAUCGCCGACUCCAUCGACACGCCCAAGCCUCUCUCCUACGACGAGACACCAGCCGUACAUCACAACUUGCAGGAGCUUGACUUGGCGUGCUCCCGCAUUCGCACCCAGCUUGGGUGGGCUCGUGUGGCUGGGUUCACCCUUGCUGUCUUUCCGAGGGCGCGCGACGGCUUCAAGAUUCACGAGCGUCAAGCAAAGAAGGAAAUACAGCUGCGCAUGAAUUGCGAGGUUGCACUCUCUGAGACGGUGUGGGUACCUCUCCUGUGCCUUCACGUGAUAGAGCCUGAGCCGACGAAUCUCUCAGCGGCCUGCGUUGCGGCGAUGUAUUCUGAACUCGAGAAUUGAUCACGUUUACGGUAGCAUUAGAUUCAUCAAGCCGAGCUCGAUAUGUCUGUACAGUGUUUCAGCAGUACUUCAUGUCGUCCAGACGCCUGUAUUGUCGCGAAUUGCUGUAAAAGCGAGACUUCUAGGCAGCCUGAGUUCGAACUCGCCGCUC